AUGAGCUGCUGUGGCUGUUCAGGAGGCUGUGGCUCCAGCUGUGGAGGCUGUGGCUCCAGCUGCUGUGUGCCCGUCUGCUGCUGCAAACCUGUGUGCUGCUGUGUGCCAGCCUGCUCCUGCUCUAGCUGUGGUGGAGGCUGCAAGGGAGGCUGUGGCUCUAGCUGUGGGGGCUGCAAAGGAGGCUGUGGUUCCAGCUGUGGGGGCUGCAAGGGAGGCUGUGGUUCCAGCUGUGGGGGCUGCAAGGGAGGGUGUGGCUCCAGCUGUGGGGGCUGCAAGGGGGGCUGUGGCUCCAGCUGUGGGGGCUGCAAGGGGGGCUGUGGUUCCAGCUGUGGGGGCUGCAAGGGAGGGUGUGGCUCCAGCUGUGGGGGCUGCAAGGGGGGCUGUAGCUCCAGCUGUGGGUGCUGCAAGGGAGGCUGUGGCUCUAGCUGUGGGGGCUGCUGUCAGUCCAGCUGCUGCAAACCUUGCUGCUGCCAGUCCAGCUGCUGCAAGCCUGUCUGCUGUUGUGUGCCUGCUUGCUGCUGCUCCAGCUGUGGUGGAGGCUGUGGGGGUUGUUGCCAGUCCAGCUGCUGCAAGCCCUGCUGCUGCCAGUCCAGCUGCUGUAAGCCCUGCUGCUGCCAGUCCAGCUGCUGCAAGCCCUGCUGCUGCCAGUCCAGCUGCUGCAAGCCCUGCUGCUGCCAGUCCAGCUGCUGCAAGCCCUGCUGCUGCCAGUCCAGCUGCUGUGCCCCCAUUUGCUGCCAGUGUAAGAUCUGAAGCUCACAUCAUCCCUUUCCCAUUCGACUGUGAGGAAAACUUGCCCCUCAUCACCAAAAUCCCUCCUCCACUUCCAGCUCCCAUCCCCAGCUCCUGUCUCAGCAUCCUUGCUGAUGUCUCAGGCCCCAGGACCAUCAAGGAACCCUGAGUCUGGGAUUUCCUGAUCUCGUUAUUUAGCCAAGAGUUAACUGGGUCGUCACAGGAGCACCUCCUAUCCUCAUCUCCCCCAUCCUUCACACACUCUGCCAAAUGGACAUCACCCUGCCAAGAACACUCGGCAAAGGGCUGCCCAGUACAUCAUGCAGACCUCCAGGGGAACCUCUAGUUCAUCUCCAAGGAUCAUCUGCCCUGCCUCCAAAUGUGGAGCCAGUGCUGGGUAUUGCUGAGCUGCCUCCCAACAAUCUUUGUUCCCAGACUCCCCAACUCUCUCCUCCAAAGGGUCUCUGCUUAUCUUGGCUACCUUGGGCUGUCCCUGAAAACCCAGGAAAUCAUUUUGUUUCAAUAAAAGCUACUCUUA